GCGCCUUCUUGGCACAUGGAGAACGUGUACAAGAGAGAGCUCUUACUGAAUUCAGAGAGCGAUUUUGGGAGGUUGAUGAUGGCCGCUGCUUGCGAAUCUGCUCAGUUGAACAACAUCAAUAGAUGGACCGACGUCAAUAACUAAAGUGAAUGAAGCCUUCAAGUAGAAGCAAUGGAGCCAGACAUUCUGCCCUAUCAGCACUCAUCAGCUCCCCCUCCAUUGGACGAUGACAUGGGGGAGGCAGGAUCAGAGGAGGAUGAGUUUGGGGGAUUUGUAUUUGACCUUCCCGCUUCCACCGAGCCACCAUUCCUCAAGUCCAGCUUUAAUCUCCAAACUGAACACUCCAGCAGUGAGACUGUGGAAGGAGGGCGGCCAUCUUUGGACCUAUGCACCACCAACGGUUUCUGCGGCUCUGCAGAGGAAACGGGCUUCGCUGACUUCUCUGUGUUUACAGAGCAGGCGGCUCACCCGUGGUGCUGCGGCUUCGCUCCACUGGGUGGCGCUGCGGUGGGCACGAAGCCCUCCAGCAGUUUGAGAGAAAGUCGCCAAGUCGUUAUGGACGCCGAGCCCAGAUCUCGUUGUGCAUGUACGCCUCACCAAACAUCUCAGGACAAAACCAAGAAGUUGCAGAAGGAACACAUUCUUAACAAGUCCACCACAGAAGACCUGGACUCCUUCUGCGAUGAUGUCUCCUUUGAGGGUACAUCUGAGGACUUGGAACCAAAUGUGUCCUCUCUCGCUUCCCAGGAGGAUCAGACCGGUGAUGAAGACGAGUCUCUGUUUGAAUGGGACACGUAUUGUCACCGUGGCGACCAAGCUGCAUCUCAGGGAACCUGCGCUACCUCCCACGUGUCCUCGCAGUUCAACGAUGAAAGGUUUGACAACUGCGUUGAUGGAGAGACACCGGGUCUCCCACCGAGUGACAGCUUUGCAGAUUUCUGUUCGGCAGUCCCACAGGAAGAUGGCGGCAGGGCGUGGGUGGAGUUUAAAGACACUCAGAUGAAGCUUGUAGAACAAGUCAGCAGCCUCCAGCUCUUACAGGUUUCUUUCCCAGCGGAUGCGGUCCCACCUGAGGAGGAGAAUGUGCUCAGUCUGGGUGCUCUGCUUCAUCCUCAGGAGGAGGAGAAGACCACAAUUCAGAGAGUUCAACGAGGCUUAUGGCGACCCCAUCAGGACAUCCACGGUGCUGCAGGCCUCAUGUUUCAGUGGGGAGCUUCCCACGCCAACAGGACACUCCUGAGGUGUCUCGGUGUCAACACGAGGGACACUCAGCUGGGCCCCAACAAGGACUGUUACCCAGGACAAACACCAGCGACCACCUCCGGAGCCCAAACACACACUUAAUGAAUUCAAUGCAACUCAUCACCAGCCUGUUGGAUGAGAGUCCUCAGUUCUCAGGGCGGUCCGUCUCCUGCUUUGGGGUCAAUUCAACCUGCCAUGCAGUACGUGGACUCUUCUAAUGAGUGCUAUACCUUGUUAGUUUGUGCUCUACCCUCUGUAGGAUGUGUUUUCUCCUUCCGAGUAUUCACUCUGUGUACUCGCUUCCAGGCAAUGGAUGAGAAACGUAUUUUUGAAAAACCACAAUCCAAAAUGUGCAGUCAAAACAAUCAACGACCUUUAUGAGUAAAACACUGUGCCCACCUACCAACACCCCCACUUCUGAAGCUCAUUUGCACUUUUAUCUUUUGUGUCAUCUUAUUUUAUUUAUGUAUUAAUAAGACUUCUAUAUUUAUUAACUAUUACAGUAUUUAUUCACCUGGCUGUCGACUGAAACAUCAACUGCAUGAGCUUAACUCACUUUAAUCAGUGUAGUACUUGGCAUUGAGUGUUUCCAUACAAAUCUGUGCCUUUACGCCACCAGUUAUCAACUAUAAAAAGUAUUUCACUCAUAGAUGUAUUCAUUUUUUUCAUAACCCGAUAUUCAAAUUAUGUAGUUUUCCUUUUGAAACAUCUUCAGGUUUACCGCUGGAAUCCAAAUGAAUGCACUGCUGUAAGGUGUUAUAUGCUUGUAAAUACAACAAUAAACCAGAUACAUGAUCCUUA